AACUGACAGCGCUGGGCUCCAGUGUGCUACUAACUUCAGAAUGAGGACAUUUAACUAACACACCUGUGUGAACAAUUUACACUCCUUUACAGGAAGAAAAUGCACAGUGUCAGGGAAAAUAUUAAACUAAGAUGUCAUGAUUCUGUCCAUAAGUACGAUGUCGUACCCCUCCACUCCUCUGGUCUCUGCCCGUGUCCAUCCAUGGUAAGAGGUCAGCAGGAAGUACCCCAUCGUCACGGCAACAGUAUGGAGGGCCAGGCCCCGCCCCCUCAGCCGACUCAGCCACGCAAGAAGAGACCUGAGGAUUUCAAAUUCAGCAAAAUCCUGGGAGAGGGCUCCUUCUCUACGGUUGUCCUGGCGAAAGAACACUCGACGGGGAAAGAAUACGCAAUUAAGAUCCUGGAGAAGCGCCACAUCAUGAAAGAGAACAAGGCGCAAUACGUGAAAAGAGAGAGGGAUGUGAUGUCCAACCUGGAUCACCCGUUUUUCGUCAAACUAUACUUCACCUUCCAGGACGACGAGAAACUCUAUUUCGGUCUGAGCUACGCUAAGAACGGCGAGUUGUUAAAGUACAUCCGCAAGAUCGGCUCCUUCGACGAGACCUGCACGCGGUUCUACUCGGCCGAGAUCGUCUGCGCGCUCGAGUACCUGCACCAGAAGGGCAUCAUCCACAGAGAUCUGAAGCCAGAGAACAUUUUGCUCAGCGAAGACAUGCACAUUCAGAUCACAGACUUCGGCACAGCCAAACAGCUUUCUUCUGACAGUAGGCAGGCUCGAGCGAAUUCAUUCGUCGGUACGGCUCAGUACGUCUCGCCAGAGUUACUGACGGAGAAAUCGGCCUGUAAGAGUUCGGACCUCUGGGCGUUAGGCUGCAUUAUUUACCAGCUGGUUGCCGGAUUACCACCAUUCAGAGCGGGAAAUGAGUAUCUUAUAUUCCAGAAGAUUAUUAAAUUAGAGUACGAGUUUCCUGAGAAAUUCUUCCCCAAAGCCAAGAACCUAGUGGAACAGCUUCUGUUGUUGGAUCCUUGCAAGCGGAUUGGCUGCGAGGAGAUGGGCGGGUACGAGCCGCUGAAAUCCCACCCUUUCUUUGAGUCGAUCAGCUGGGACGACUUGCACCUGCAGACUCCGCCCAAGCUUACCCCCUACCUGCCCGCCAUGUCCGAAGAUGACGAGGACUGCUACGGGAAUUACGACGACCUCCUAAGCCAGUUCAGCAGCAUGCAGGUGGCGCAGCCCGGCCCAUCGCCCUUGCUGUCCGAACCGUCAGACCGUCCGCUUCCUGUCUGUAACCCCGCCCCCAGCGUGGAUCAGUUCAUCCAUGUCCAUGAGCUGGACAGCAACAGCAUGGAGCUGGACCUGCAGUUCAGCGAGGAGGAGAAGCGCCUCCUGCUGGACAAACAAACUGCCGCAAACCCAUGGCACCAGUUUGUGGAGAAUAACCUCAUCCUGAAGAUGGGCCCGGUCGACAAGCGCAAGGGUCUGUUUGCACGGCGCAGGCAGCUGUUGCUGACUGAAGGUCCUCACCUGUACUAUGUUGAUCCGGUGAACAAGGUCCUGAAGGGUGAGAUCCCCUGGUCACUGGAGCUGCGGCCAGAGGCCAAGAACUUCAAAACCUUUUUCGUUCACACGCCAAACCGGACCUACUACCUGAUGGACCCAAGUGGCAACGCUGACAAAUGGUGCAAGAAGAUCCAAGAAGUGUGGAGGAAGAUCUACCAUAAACACCAGAACCCCAGCGUAUAGGAGCUCCACCCCCCCUCACGGCCACGCCCAACACCCUCCUUCCCCAGCACCCCUUCGACCAAUCACAGAACAGACACACCUCCAUCGCUGUCUCUCACUCUCAUCGUCUGUCUCCCCCCCACCCCCCCUCUUUUUUUCUUUCUUCCUUCCCUUCUCUGGAUGUUAGCGCAGGGGGUGUGUCCUGUCUGUCUGAUUGGUCUGCGUAUAGAGUUAAGGCGGGUCCUUUGCCCUGAUUGGCCGCAGUAGCUGGUCUAGCUGAUCUGAUUGGAGGAUGUGGUGGUUUUAUGUUUAUUUUUGUUUUUGUUUUGUUUUUCUUCCCAAAAAAAAAAAAGAAA